UUCACUUCACCCAAUUUGCAAAAAAAAAAAAAAACUCACUUUCAUCAGUCAUCACCCACCUUUCAUCUAAAACCCAGAAAAAUUCCCAGUAAACCCAGAAAACAGAGUACAGUAUCCCAUUUAUUUCCAGGAACAUUCCCACUAAAACAAAGGUCGGUGACCCCUUCAUACUUUUACACCGCCUUACUUUGCUCAGAUAUUUUUCCCCUCUUUACUUAGUCGGCAAGUCUCCAUGUUUAUCUAUAAAUUCUCUCUCCUCCAUUUUUUUUCCAUUUACUCUACUGUGUUUUUUUUUUCUUUAUAGUUUUCAUUUUCUGCCUCCUUAAUUUAUGGAUUCUGAUGAUAAAAUGUUUCUCCCAGAAAUACCCACUUCAUCGUCUGCUCCAAUUCCAUCUGGGUCGACUUCGACUUCGUCUUUCGACCCAUCCUCUGUUUUUUCUGAACCAUUUUACUCAACUGGGUUUGAUUCCAUGACAUCCUCUAAUAUCAAUAUCAAUUUUCAGGGUUUUUAUUCUCCACCACCUCCUACUCUUCCUUCGCUUCCUGCUGUUUUUGCUGCGGAGUCGGAAACUGAGCAGAAACCGCAGCCAUUAGAGUGUUUACAGGGUACUCCAAUUCCACCAUUUUUAUCCAAAACUUAUGAUCUUGUUGAAGAUCCCAACUUGGAUAUGAUUAUAUCUUGGGGUUCGCGAGGUGAAAGCUUUGUGAUUUGGGAUCCUGUGGAUUUUGCUAGACUUGUUCUUCCUCGGAAUUUCAAGCACAAUAACUUUUCCAGUUUUGUUCGUCAGCUCAAUACUUAUGGUUUUCGCAAGGUUGAUCCUGAUAAGUGGGAGUUUGCGAAUGAGGGGUUUUUGCGUGGAAGCAGGCAAUUGUUGAAGAAUAUUCACAGGCGAAAAUCCACUCAAUCUCAGCAGCUUACCCCCUAUGGAGGGUCAUCAUCUUCUGAGUCUGGAAUUGGAAGUGAGAUUGAGAAACUAAAGAAAGAGAAGAGUGCAUUAAUGCAAGAGGUUGUUGAGCUGCAGGAACAGCAGCGCGGAACUGCAGAGCAUGUAGAAAGGGUGAAGGAUAAGAUUCAGGCUUCGGAGCAGAGACAGAAACAAAUGGUUUCAUUCUUAGCUAAAGUGCUUCAAAACCCGGUAUUUGUAGACCGUUUGAAGCAAAUGAAAGAACAAAGGUCUAUUGUUUCUCCUAAAACAAGAAGGAAUUUUCUGAAGCAAGCACAUCAAGAAGCAGGUAGUUCUGGUACAUCUCUAGAGGGACAAAUUGUCAAAUACAAACCCGAGUUUGAAGAAUGGAGGAAGUUUCCGUCUUCUGAUAUUCCAAUGACAAGUGCCCAAGAUUAUCUCUUGCAAGAUGUGAUGGGAAUGUCAAGUAGUGGAGCACUGAGUGUGCCUUUUCAAAGUGAAGCUGUUCCUUUGGAUGAACCUGCGGCAGCACAGGAAUUUAUGGAAAUCCCUAGCUCAGUUGGAGCUGGCCUUUUGAGUUCUGGGAUAGGAGAUCCCUUUUCAAGGGGUCAGGUAGCUGCUCCUCAAUCAGAAGCUGCAGGUGACUAUUUUGUUUCAUUUCCUGAGGAAUUGGUACGACAGAAAACGUUUCCUGAAUCCUCCUCUCCUGCAAUUGGAAAUAUCAAGCAGGAGGAGGUCUGGAGUAUGGGGUUUGAUCUCAGCACAGAUGUCUCAAGUUCUACUCCUGCAUUUUGGGGCAACGUUGCCAGUUAUGAUAUUCCGGAUGUUGUAACUUCUUGUCCAGGCGAGUUUUCAGAUGUCUUUGAUUUAGGUUCUCUUCAGGCAGGAGGUACAGGAAUUGAAAAUUGGCUGGAUGAUGAUUCUUCUCCUGGCCACCCUGAGAACGAAGGUUUCGAGUCAAAAGAUAAUGUUCCUAGGACUAAUUCGUAGGUUGCACUUGCUAGCAUAACGCGAGUGCAGCCCUAUGGUGUUUUAGGUUUAAAUUAGUACAUAAUUGAUUGAACGAGUGAUUCUAUCAUUUAAUCUAUAAAUUUGUUUGAUUGAUUUUAGCUUCAGUUCCUCCAAAUUUCCUUCUUUAAUCUUAUUCCAUUUUA